AGGGAUGUGAAGGAACGAAUUAGGCGGGACGCACCGCUGAGAUGGGCUGACCAAACCAAUGACGGAGAGCCCGACGUAAUGGGUGAGCCGGUCGUGACAGAGCCGCAGGAGGCUCUGAAGACAGGAACCUCGAGCGGCCGACGACAAGCGACGAGACGACGCUCCCCCGAGUAUGAGCGGAGGCAGACCAUGGCGGAUAGGCACAGGGACAACUGGAGAGAGAGUUCGAGGGAAUCCUAUUGGAGAGACAGAGACAGGGAUAGAGCGCCGUCCAGGCGAGUCUUCGACCCCCAGACCGGGGAGUCACAUUCGCUCCCUUAUGAAGGCAAGGAUCGCUAUAUUAUUACGCACAAGGUCUCGGAGCCUCCUACUUUCAGGGGUUAUGGCAUCACAGAAUAUCUGGAAAAGUGGGAACUUCACGCCAGCCGGAGUCAAUGGUCAGAGGAAAAGAUUAUAAAGAACUUCCUAUUUAAUGUAGAUCCAAGUCUCGGCAAGGAAGUUAAGGAAGCCCGACCCAAGGAUGGGAAAUGGACUACGUACAAAAAGAACCUCGUAAAGCUUUACAAAUUGGAGGAUAACAAGUACUUCAUCAAGGACCUCGAGACAAUAACUCAAGAUGGAGAUGAGAGCGUACGGGCAUUUGGGAUGCGUUUCCAGAAGAUCUCCGACGUGCUGAUGAAGAAGAGGAAGAUCUCGGAGGUCGAGCGCUGUACUAUCUUCAUCGGACACCUGUCCAAAGGUAGACAAAAAAAUAUACUUAGAGAUCUUCCGCGGGACAAGCUUGACUUCCCAGAAGUCCUAAAGCUCGCGAUAAAGGCAAUGGCAGACGACUACAAGGACUUGGUGUGGAAAGGGAUGAGGAGACGUGACUUGUCUCUCUACAAGGAGUAUGCCACUGAUAGAUGUCUUGAUUUGAAGGACUAUCCCUGGUCGGAAAAGAAUGAAGCUGUGGCCGAGGAAGUGAAGGAGAUAAGGGACAUGGUAAAGGGAUUGACAAGACAGGUUACAAAGAUUGUGACCACCACCGGAGCCACGGCAUAUUGGGACAAGCCCGGAGGGCCCUAUUCACUUCGCUGGGACCGGAUGAACACUGAUUCCUGGAGGAGUGUCGAAGAUAGUAAUCCCCGAACGCUGACUAAUUAUCGUGCGAGGGAAAGGGAGAGAGACAAUGAACCAUGGGGGCGUAAGGAUGAUGAGAUAGACCGGGACCGCAGGACUCGCGAGACGUACGGGCGUGCUAGGAGACUGGAUGACUACUCGCGUAGCCCUCGCUAUGAGCCUGACGGGGGUAGAGGCAACCCUCGAGGCCGGUGGGAGUCGGAUCAGGAUCAGCGAGACGGAUACAGGGAUGGCAGAUAUGCGAGAUCGGACCGAGAUAGACAUACGGACGACAGAUAUGAGAGAUCGGACCGAGAUGGACAUAGAAACGACAGAUAUGAGAGGAUGGAUCGAGACGAAUACAGGGGCGGCAAAUAUGAGAGAGGGGAUCGGCCCGGUGAUUCACGCGGGCGGUACGACCGAGAUGACCGGCGUGAUGAUUCACGCGAGCGGUACGACCGAGGAGACCGACGUGCUGAUUCACGUGGGCGGUACGACCGAGGACACCGACAUAAUGAUUCACGCGGGCGAUACGACCGAGGAGACCGACGUGAUGAUUCACGCGAGCGAUACGAACACGGAGACCGCCGCAAUGAUUCGCGCGACAGGAAUGAGAGAGGGGGAUAUGGCGCUUCGACUGAUCCGUAUCCAAAGUCCCCUGACCCCAGAGUAGCCAGGGGUUCGACUUCUAGGAGCGCAGACAACAGGCCGCCCACUCCCCGGAACUCUUGCGUCUACUGUAGAGGGGAUGAUCAUAUCAAGAGAGACUGCCCGGAUCUCAAACGGGCGAUAGAUGAGGGACUUAUCGUGCUUGACGACCGCAAGUACGUCAAGUGGGCAGAUGAUCUGGGAGAUGUAUCGAUGUUCCCUUCGAUGAAGGAGAAUGUCGAAGCAAGUAGAGUAAAGUCGAGUAAAGGAAAGGAGACGGUCAGGAGCCAGAGCAUCAAGAUAACUUUUGAGGGGGAUAUAGCGACCACACCCAUAAGGGUGGCAGCCACCAAGUCGGCGAGAGGGUCUACAUCGAAGAAGACUGACACAGAUUACGUGAUGGCGGAGAAGGACGGACAACGGAUCGAGGGAGAGGAAGUUAUUAUUUCGCCGCGGAAGCGGGGAGUGAAAAAGUUCUUGAUGAAGAGUUCGCUGGGCGAGAUUGACACGGUCAAGCCACUGAGGCGGGCUCUUCAACAACCCAUGCAGUGCUCUAUCCUGGAGUACCUGGCGGCAUCGAAGCCUGCUCGCGAUGAGUUACAGAUGAUCACGCGGAAGACUCGCGUACCUCUAUCAGAGGAGGCUCAGGGGGCCCCUAAGGCGGAAGCUCCUAUUGUAGCAGUAACGAUGUUUACUGCCAGAGCAGAUCGCAUGGCGACAGUCCUUCUUGAUGGGAUGGAAGGUGUGCCUCCAGACAAGUUUUACAUACUUGGUAGUGGGACCGUGGAGGCGAUCAUAAAUGACGGAGCGGUACUAGAUGUUGUGGUCGAUAACGGCAGUGAGGCUGUCAUUAUAGACGAGGGUCUGGUAGUGCAGGUUGGACUAGGCCUCGAUAGGUCAUACCUAUUCGAGAUAGAUACGACUGAUGGGAGAAAGCAACAGAUUACUGGGGUUUGUCACAAGGCAGCCAUAGAGGUACAAGGGGUACGAGUGACCCUGCCUGUCUUUGCAGUCAAGAACUGCAGCUCCGAUCUGCCCUUGGGACGAACGUGGUUGAGCCACGUGCAUGCGGUGACGAUAGAGCGACCGGAUGGGAGUCAGACAUUGUCCAAUAAGAAGCUAGACGGGACGCAGCAGCGAGAACGUGUGAUAGAAAUCCUGAAGACAUGUGAUAAGGCAAUAGCUUUCAGCGAAGCUGAGCACGGUAGGGUUGACCCUCGAUACGCUAAGCCAGCAAGGAUUUACACGAUUCCACAUGUUCCUUGGAAUGACGCAGAAUGGAAAUACGCCCAGAAGGAGAAGGAAGAAGUUAUCGCUUUCCUGAAGGAAAAGAUGGUUUCCCAUGUUGCGGCACCGUCACAUAGCGCCUGUGCUAAUCGAUGGUUCUUCCUACGGAAGCCGAAUGGCAAGAUCCGAUGGAUCCAGGACCUUCAGAAGGUCAACGCGGUGACGAUACGAGACGUGGGCUCCGUGCCACACGCCGACUUACUGGCCAAAGGCAGGUCGAUUUAUUCGGUUUGUGAUCUGUUCUCAGGUUAUGAUGAGGUACCGCUUGAUCCAAGGGACAGGCACCUCACGGCUAUGCAUACGCCAUUGGGACUAAUGGGACAGCCGUUUUUCAGAGAGCCAUGGUAGUCGUCCUCAAGGACUUCAUCCUUGAUAAGUUUGAAGUUUUUCUGGAUGGCUUUCCAAUAAAAGGGUCAGUAAACAAGAAUACAGAGG